AUGGGGAAAUACGAGAACCAAUUCAACUGGCUCGGUAUCUUUCUUGUCUUGGCGCAGCCCUGCCUUGCCGGCGUUCCCCUUAUCUUUGCUUACAUGAACCUCCGUUUCGAAGGGGUUUUCAUGCCUUACUGCUCCGUCUACAAUCCAGGAUCCCCAACAAUUGCUAAUUUCAACUCAGGAGUGGCGAUUGGUUGUCAGAUUGUGGCUCGUAUCUUGUUUGGAGUCUUAUUCACUAACCGGCGGAUCCGAAUGCAAACCUCUUCGUUGUCCACCCGAUUCCAGUUGGAGGAAAAUAAGAUGACAAUGCAAUGCCUCUCCAUCUACGCCAACCUCAGCUCCGUCUUCCUGUUCGUCCAAAUUUUUUCAUUCAGUUACUUGCUCAGCAUCUCCCCAGACAUGCCAACAGAGAACUAUUUGGCUUGGAUGGAAUUCAACCAACAGUUCCCUGCAUACGGUAUCUUUUCAGUGCUCUUGAUAGUUUAUAAGAUUAGAUUGCUCCGCAGCAAAAUUAACACGAAUCUAAACCAACAAGUCCACCUGAAUGAGACAGAAACGUAUUUCGGAAUCCUCGAGAUGCAAAUCAGAAAUAUUGAAAGACACUGA